AUGCCUGUCCGGAGGGGUCAUGUUGCGCCACAAAACACAUUUUUGGGAGUGAUCAUUCGGAAAUUCGAGGGACAAAAUAAGAAAUUCGUCAUAGCGAAUGCCCGCGUGCAGAACUGUGCUAUUAUCUACUGUAACGACGGCUUCUGCGAGAUGACGGGCUUCUCCAGGCCGGACGUCAUGCAGAAGCCGUGCACGUGCGACUUCUUGCAUGGACAGUCGACCAGCCGGCACGCGGUGGCCCAGGUGGCCCAGGCGCUGCUGGGAUCUGAGGAGCGCAAGGUGGAAAUCACCUACCACCGCAAAGAUGCAAGCGACGGUCACUUGGUGCAAUGA